CACCAAGUGGCGGCAACGUGCACCGAAAAUAUUGUAUAGAUAUUUAUAAAUUUAUUGUUAUCAGUUUUUAACUAAUAAUUAAAUAUGGAAUUCCUAAAUAAUUUUCAUAAGUUUACAACAGUACCUACUCUACUAUUGAACCAUCAAGUAUCAAUAUUGUCGUAGUUAUAGCGUUCUUUUAUUUUUGCGGUUUGAAAUUUUUAUUUUAAAAUGUCUGGAGAUAAAUGUGUAUAUUUUAACUGCAACUUAACUAGAAGAUCGUCAAAAAAUACAUUUCAUCCAUUUCCAGCUAACAUAGAUAUGCACAACCAAUGGAUAGUUAAUUCUGGAAACAUAAAGCUUGACGGAAUGAGUCCGAAGAAAUUGAGAAAACGUUAUAUAUGCUCUGAUCAUUUCGAUAAAGCAAUGUAUAUGAAUUCGACAUGUGUAAAACCACGACUAAUUCAGAAUGCAUUACCAAAGAAAUAUUCUACUGAUUCCAGUGAACAACCAGUUAUGAUAUCGAGUGCUAAGGCUAACAAUGAUAUACAAAAUGAAUAUGUUUCUACGAUAGAUGAAAAUGUAAAUGUUGAAACCAUACUGGAAACUACGCCAACUAAAAAAAAAAUUCAUUCAGCGACAUGUUCAGAAAAACAAAGUUUCCAAAAUUCGUCAAAGAUAAUUAAAAAAAAUGUCCCACCUUGCUUCACAGGAAUGAUUUGGUCAUUAAAUGCAGUAUUGGACUUAUAUGAAACUGAACAAUCAGAAAUGUUAUUUGCUUCACCUUCAACUAAUUUUUUUUUAAUGACCAACCGUUUGUGUCAGGAUCCUAUCGAGAAUUUAUUUUCAAUAUUUCGACAAAAAGGUGGGUACAAUAAAAACCCAACUUGUCGUACACUACGAUAUUCUUUUGCGAGUGUAUGCUCAUUUGGGUUAUUAAAUUGUGCUUCGGAAAAAUCUAAUUGUGAAGAAGAUGAUGACAUAUUUUUGGUUUCUAGUCAAACACCAACAAAUGAUGACAUAGAAAAUCACUCUCAACAAAAUAUGGAAUCAUAUAAUAAGUCAUCAAACUUAAUAGAAGAUAAUGAUUCCACAUCAGAAGAAGAACCAGAUAAUGAAUCAAGAACAACUCUUGAAAAAUGUUCAACGAUUUAUUAUGCUGGUUAUUUAGCAAAGAAAUGCUUGGACAAAUUUCAAUGUGAUCAAUGUCAAACAUUUUUAUUAAAACCAUGUAAGGAUUUAGAUGAUAAACAACAAUUAUUAAUUGUUAAUAAAACAUUUAAGGACAUCGAUUUAAAUGCAUCUUCUGGUUUGAAGGCUCCAUCUGAAGAUCUGGUACAAUUUGUAUCUAUAUGCUUAAAUGUUUUUAAACAUAGUUAUAAUCAACUCAAAAGUGAAAAACAUUUAGUCAAUAAAUUGAUGACUCAGGCAAACCAUUGUAUACCCGAAAAAGUUGUGCAACCAGUGUGUGCUAAACAUUUUGAGUACAUAAUGAGACUUUUAUUUAUUGUAAAAGUAUUCAAAGAAUGUAAAUGGUGUUCAAAACCACCUGAACGAAAUACAACUUCACAGAAACCAAAUCCAAAAUUAAGUAUCUUACAACACUUAUAAAAUUUACAUAUAACAUCUAAACAAUAUUCAUCAAUUAUUAUUAUCUGAACGACUGAACUUUUGAAUUAUCUAAAAUGUGUUUUAAUGUAAAA